UUGGGGAGACUGGAUGGAGGAGAAAUUGGUGGAUUAAUUUCACGGAGGACAGUCGUUUAUGAGAUUCCCACUCCUGCCGAGGGCACCCGAAUGGAGUAACAGGCUGCAAUGUCAUCUCCACCUGGCCGCCUGGAGAGAUGUGUCACGGGAAUGGGAUCAAGUUUGAACACUUUUCCUCUGGCUUCACUGACGCUGUGAGAAGGCACCAAAAUGCCAGUAAACGGACGGGCCAUGGUGGCUGCCUGCGCGGGCCCUCGCACCACGGCACCAAAACUCAACAUUCAUCGCACGGACUCCGAAGAAGAAGGCGCAAAACCUCCACGACCGCAAACCUGCAGCUGCCACGCUUUGUGACACCGAAGGGUAUGAUGGGUGUAGUGGGCUGGAUGCUGCUCCUACUCUCCCAGAUGAUGGCUCCAGUGGCGUCCCAGAAGCCUCCAGGGCUCAGUGUGGGUGUGAUAAUGGGCCAGACGCGCCACUAUUCAGAUCAGGAGCUCCGGCCACCCCGGCGCCCUGAUGACGCUCUUGAUGUCUCUGUGGUAAUACUGAGGAUCAACCAGACGGACCCUAAGUCUGUGAUUACACAGGUGUGUGAGCUUUUAUCACGCACUCGUCUCCAUGGCAUUGUGUUUGCUGAUGGCACCGAUCAGGAGGCCAUCGCUCAGAUCCUUGACUUCCUCUCCGUCCAGACGCAGCUUCCAGUCCUGGGAGUCCACGGAGGCUCUUCUAUGAUCAUGGCUGACAAGGAUGAGAAGUCCACGUUCUUCCAGUUCGGCGCCGCUCUGCAGCAGGAGGCUCUGCUCAUGCUCGCCAUCAUGGAGGAGUAUGACUGGCAUGUUUUUUCUAUCGUCACUUCCAAGUUCCCCGGGUACCAGGAGUUUAUCAGCACACUGAAGAUAACUGUGGAUCACAGCUUUGUGCGCUGGGACAUGCAGAGUGUAGUGACUCUGGAUGCUGUAGACGGAGACCCAAACUCUAAAUCACACAUUGCCCUCAAGAGGAUACAGAGUCCUGUUAUACUGCUGUACUGCUCCAAAGAUGAGGCUAUAUAUAUUCUAGAGGAAGCUAGAUCUUUAGGCCUUAUAGGAGCCGGCUACAUCUGGAUUGUGUCCAGUCUCACCACUGGGAACCCAGACUUCACCCCUGAGAUGUUUCCCCUGGGCAUGAUCUCUGUGUCCUAUGAUGACUGGGAGUACCCUCUGGAUACACGGGUGCGGGACGGGGUGGGCAUCAUUUCCUCUGCAGCUACUGCCAUGCUGCGAGAGAAGGGGGAGCUGCCAGAGGCCCAGAGCAGCUGCUACAGCACAGCAUCAGACAGGAGCCCCGGGAAGCUCCCACCUAGUGCACUCCGCAGACACAUGAUGCACGUAUGGAACGAUGGGCGGGACUUAUCCUUCACUCCAGAUGGUUACCAGGCCAACCCUAAAUUGGUUGUCAUCGUCUUGAACAGUGAAAGGAAGUGGGAGAAGAUGGGCCGCUGGGAGAACGGGACGUUGUCGUUGAUGUUCCCCGUGUGGCCGAGGUAUAACUCCUACGGGGACGAGGAUGCAGAUGAGAACCAUCUCUCCAUCGUCACGCUGGAGGAGAAACCUUUUGUCAUUGUAGACAAUGUGGACAUCCUCACUGGAACAUGCAUGAGGAACUCUGUGCCCUGCCGCAAACACGUCAAAGAUAACAGCACAUCAGGAGGCUCCUACAUAAAACAGUGCUGCAAGGGCUUCUGCAUUGACAUCCUGAAGAAGAUAGCCAGAAAUGUCAAGUUCACCUAUGAUCUCUACCUGGUCACAAAUGGAAAACAUGGAAAGAAGAUCAACAAUGUGUGGAACGGCAUGGUUGGAGAGGUGGUGUAUAAGAAGGCGGUGAUGGCCGUCGGUUCGCUGACCAUCAAUGAGGAGCGGUCAGAGGUUAUUGACUUCUCCGUGCCCUUUGUGGAGACUGGCAUCAGCGUCAUGGUGUCACGCAGCAACGGAACCGUCUCUCCCUCAGCCUUCCUUGAGCCCUUCAGUGCAUCAGUUUGGGUGAUGAUGUUUGUGAUGCUGCUCAUCGUCACAGCCAUCGCGGUCUUCCUCUUUGAGUUUGUAAGUCCACUGGGCUUCAACCGCAACUUGGCCCAAGGCAAAGACCCACAUGGUCCCUCUUUCACCAUCGGUAAGGCCAUAUGGCUGCUGUGGGGUCUGGUGUUCAACAACUCUGUGCCGGUGCAGAACCCAAAGGGCACCACCAGCAAGUUCAUCGUAUCAGUGUGGGCCUUCUUUGCUGUCAUCUUCCUGGCUUCCUACACUGCCAACCUGGCUGCCUUCAUGAUCCAAGAAGAGUUCGUGGACCAAGUCACCGGACUCUCGGACAAGAAGUUUCAAAGUCCAUACUCCUACUCCCCUCCGUUUCGCUUCGGGACGGUUCCUAAUGGCAGCACCGAGCGCAACAUCAGGAAGAACUAUCCGGAUAUGCAUCAGUACAUGACCAAAUACCAUCAAACCGGCGUGGUGGAUGCGCUAGUCAGCCUCAAGACUGGAAAACUGGAUGCUUUUAUUUAUGAUGCUGCUGUGCUGAACUACAUGGCAGGAAGAGAUGAUGGCUGCAAGCUAGUCACCAUAGGCAGCGGCUACAUCUUUGCCACCACAGGUUACGGCAUCGCCCUGCAGAAAGGAUCGUACUGGAAACGCCUGGUGGAUCUGGCCAUACUGGGCAUCAUAGGGGACGGUGAGAUGGAGGAGCUGGAGGCCCAAUGGCUGACUGGAAUCUGCCAUAAUGAAAAGAACGAGGUGAUGUCGAGUCAGCUGGACGUGGACAACAUGGCGGGCGUCUUCUACAUGCUGGCCACAGCCAUGGGCCUCUCUAUUCUCACCUUCAUCUCCGAACAUCUUUUCUACUGGAGGCUGAGAUACUGCUUCACAGGAGUAUGCUCGGGGAGGCCGGGGCUGCUCUUUACUAUCAGCAGGGGUAUUUGGAGCUGCAUCCACGGUGUUCACAUAGAUAUGAAGAAGAAGAAUCCUGAGCUGGACUUUAGUCCUCAAGCCAAUAUGCUGCAUCUGCUCAAGUCUGCCAAGUCUGUGGCUUUAUCGUCCCCUAAACGCAACACAGUGCUGCUGCAGCCCAGCAUCCUUGAUGUCAUGACAGGGAAAGGUAACUCGCUCCAUGGUCUGCCCCCGAAGGGUCCUGGUCUCUAUAGCAACGCUGCUGGUCCGCAAGGUUUCCUGUCAUUGGCCGGGCGACACAAAAACCUCCUCAAUAAUGCUGCACCAUUCCCUGUGCAACAGAAACCCCCUCCCCUCCAAACCAGUCCCAACAAGCCCCAGCUGUCGAUCACAAACGACAACGGAAAGACCCGCCUCGCCGGCCCGGCCCUCACGGCCUCCAAACCUCGAGCCCUGUGGAAGAAAAGCGUGGAGACAUUAAAAACCCAGCCUUCUGUUGUAUCGCCAGGUCCAAAUCCCGCCCCCUCAUCUGGACCAGGACCUCCACAGAUGAAGAGCCAGCGCUACCUCCCCGAAGAACCACCGCCGCACUCUGACAUCUCAGAGUGCUCCAGCCGCCCGCCGUCACACAAAGAUUCUGACUCCAUGGGGGCGAGGGGUGGGUUCAAGCCAAUCAAUCAGCUAAGAAAAAGAGGUGGAGGAGGAGGAGGAGGAGGAGGAGGAGGAGGGGAAGGUGGGGGCAGAGGAUCAAAGAUAUACUCCAUUGACUCGGACCAGGCCAGUCUGCAGUCUGCUCCCCCGUACCAACGAGACAGCCAGGGGGGAGGUGACGAACACAGUUAUCCCCCUGACCUGUUUCCACCUGAGAGCACGUACUCACACACUCACACACACUCCCACCAGGGCGACGCACCCAUUCUGCAGCUGAGCGCCAGCCUGCUGCACCAUAGUCACAGCGCCGAGGCCGACCUGCACUCCCUGAAGGACAAGAAAUACAGCACCUACACCCACAGCAGUGUGAAAGAGAAGGCCGGGGGAUCAUUCGAUGCUCCCACUACAGCACAGGGAACGCAGAUCCGGGCCGGCCACUGUCGCUCCUGCCUAACAAAGCUAAGCGGUUACUCUGGUCUUUACACCGUCCGCUCGCCACAGGCUCGCUGUGACGCCUGCGCCCACCUGGGAAACCUGUAUGACAUCAGCGAAGACCACCUGCAUUCGCACUAUUCCCACGCACACACCCACCCACACAGCGGGGACAUGUUUACACACUACCUACCCCAGAGUGAGCUGGGGAUGGUGGGAGAAGGCGACGGGCUGGUCAGCCACUUUGAGCCCUCCCCUUCCUCCCCGUCUCCUCUUCCCACCCCUUCAUCGGCACCACACCUCCAGCUGAGUCGUCAGCACUCCUACGAGAAUGUGCUUCCAGACGGCAUUCCCGAGCGGUCGCCACAGCAGCACACGCACAUGCGGGGCCUGAGCUUGCCUGACAGGGAACGGGACCGGGAGCUGACCUUGGACGAGGGGGCUUAUGCUAACGUUCUCACAAUGCGCUCUGAUCGGCCGUUUAGCAGCCGCAGCCCCCCGUCCCCGUCCCCUUCUCACCACCACAGCUUGGACACCCCGUUGCCCCUUCCCAGGCGCUCAAAAAGCCUCUUCCCUGAACGGCCCUCUCACAACCCUUUCCUCCAGUCAGCCCCUGGCACGGCACAGCGAGAGCCCGCCCCCCAGGCUGUCACACGCAUGCCGCAGAGAAAUUCUGCCCACGAGCUCUAUAAGCAGCGAAUGCCGCUUUCGCUUACCCUCGGUAACCAUGGCAGCCAUCACAACAGCCAGCAUGGCGGCCAUAUCGAGCAACAGGUGUUCUACCCUCAGCAGGAGCCCCCUGUGGUGGCCUACAUGGUCUCACCCGCUGCCUCUCAGCCAAUGAGCUAUGUGACAGCGCCGCGAGCCUCCAGCGCAGGCGGCAAUGCUAGGCCGCGUCUCUACCGCCGCAUGCCCAGCAUCGAGUCUGACGUCUGAGAGUCACACGCAACACAAUCUCUGUCACUGAAACACAUUAACACACACGCAUGCAGGACAGAGGUGUGUGUGAGCGGAGCAGGGAGCUCUGAUUCUAAGCACAUCCACAGAAAAACACACACAGACACUCACACCGAGACGGCCAGCUCCGGACUUAAAGGUUAAGAUGCUGAGUAAAUAAAUCAUUGUUUCUUUAUCACAGCCUCUGUGGGGCCGGGCUGGGGCCACAGGGACACCUGGAGGCACAGUCCAGGAUGAAGAGGAGCGUGUGCGUGUCAGUGUGUGUUGUAGCCUCAAACUGUGGGCGAAGAGGCACAAACUGACAAUACGUCUGACAUGACAGAUUGAAUCCCAAUGGAAUUAGAGGGACACUGUACACGGAGUCUUUACACCGACAGUGAGAUCAGAUGGAGGAUACAAAAAAAAGUUGUGUGUUUGGAAGACGAGCCGACUUGUCCCGCCCUCUCACCAGCCCUCUUGGAGAUGAAGGGGACACAGAGAAGUAUGGAGUCAUUAUUGUUGCAAAACUCAAAAGGACAUUUUAAUGUUUUGAGAGCAUGACUUAAUUAUUUUAGGCUCUUCAAACUUUAUUUUGAAUCUACCUUUCUACUCAAAACUGCCUCGCUGUGUGUAGAUUUUAUCUAUGCUCAGAAAGUACACUUGUGCUCAAAUUUUUAGUUGAUUGCUUAGAUUUCCUGUGCUCAUGCUUAAACUUUUCCUUUUCAUUUGGUUUGCUUAUGCUUGCUUAUGAAACUUCCACUCUGAUUUUUCUGUGUGCGUAUAAAACUUCAGAUAUUGACAGUAACAGCAUUUAGAUAUAUGAACCAAGCUGUACAAUUAAAGUAAAAUAUUGAAAGCCAAAAAUGGUUGUAGUGCAACGAGACAAAGAUUUCAACCAGGUAUAUAUAUAUAUGUGUGUGUCAAAUGGACCAAUACUGAGAAAACAAAGUGUUUGUUGUGCAAUAACAAAAAUGAAUGCAUCAAUUUAAAUAUCAACAGAAGUGUGUGGAUUGUGCUUGGUGCAUUCAUACAAAAAAGGACAAAGUUAGCCAGCAUCAGGGUAACUAUGUGAGUGGUAAUCAGAGAAACUCUGUGACUGUGGAGUGGUCGUCAGAGUGACUCUGUGACUGUUGAGUGGUUGUCAGCAUGAC